UCGGCAUUGUGGUUGGGCUCAACGCUUACAAAACAUGACGGGAAGCUGGUCGGUGGGAAGAUGGAUGGAGCUAGAGGACAAUCCUGGAAAAGAGGUUCACCUUCCUAACUUUUUACCCAUCCUCUUGUUCUGGAGGAUUUGAGUUUGAGACCACUGCUUUAGAGGAAACCCCGCUAGUUUGGCCUAGUCAAAGCCCAGACCUAAAUCUGAACUUUGACUGGAAGAACGGGAAAAAGCUUCAAUGCAAAGAGAUAAAAAAAACAAGCAUUUUCACUUUCUCCACUGAGAGGGAGUGCUGCGCCGCCUCUGCAGCCAGAAGCUCUGCUGCCAGUCUGUCAUCUGCCGCGCACCUUUGGUUUAAAGCGUGUGCACGACGCAGACGCGCACGCACCUCCUCCCGCCUCCUCCUCCUCUUCCUCAUUUCCGUGAUCGGCUGGAGUUGAGUUGCGCGUGGAGAGCCGAGCAGACGGAGGCUUGUUUCCACCGAGUUUUUUUUUUUUUUUUUUUUUUCCGGAACCCUCCGAUCAAUAUCUGGUGAGAAGGAGCCGCGGCUCGGGUCAGGACUGCUUUAUUCUCCCCUCUGCAGCUCAGAGGCAUGAGCCGGACCGGACCUUUGCCCGCUGCAGCCUGCAGAACCCACUCAGUCUCCUGGUGAUGAUGAUGAUGAUUAUAAAGGUGUCAGAUCCGUUUUACGCGCUCCGGCAGCCCCGCGCCGCUCCAAGAUGACGCGGGGACUCGGGGCACGGCACGCCGGUGGGAUCCACACGAACCUGGGAUAACAAGUCAAGGAGACGCCGGAGGAAGCGGACCGAUUCCGGUCCAAGAGAGGCGGGAAGGUAGAACCCGGGAUCAGGGAGCGGAGCGCCGGGGAGAGGAGGCGCACCGAGCCGCGCCAAGAGCCCCAGAGGAGAGGUCCUCAGUGAUGCUGCUGCCGCGGCCCUCUGUCCUGUCCGCGCUCCUCCUCCUCCUCCUCCUCUUCAUCCUGCUGCAGACCCCGGGAAGCUGCCGCGAUGCGCCCCGACACCGGGACAGAGUCCCCCGGCCCCGGGCGGAGGGGCGCAGGGACCGCCACAGCCUGGCGCAGCUGAUCGGUCGGUCCACGGGUCCGAAGAAGCCGGGCAGGUCCAACCAAGGUCACCUCAGUGAUCCAAAGCACAAGGAAAAGUUCAUCAUACAAAUAACAGGUCCUCUUUACUUCAAACCACGGUGCCGAAAACAGUUCAACAGACUGUACAACAAUACCAGGGACUGCACCGUACCCAAGUUUUAUAGAAGAUGUGCUCGUCUGCUGACUCGACUGGCCGAAAGCCCUCGCUGUGCUGAGAGAAAAACAGACGCAGAGACGCCUUCGUCCGUCCGCUCUGCUCACCGGCGGUAGAUGUUAUGACGCCGGCAGAAACUCGAUGUCAAUCUUCGACCAGAGACCAAACUGUUUCACAUCCAGCAACAAAGAACUCCUGGACUUCUGCCGCAGCUUUGCGCCGCCUUCGGAUGAACUCUGACUGAUCUGAGAACCUCCAUCAAAGACUCCUGUGGUCCAGCAGCCUGAGCCGGGCUGCUCUCCUGUACUCACCUGGACCUGCUUAGACUACCUGAGCCUCUCACCUCAGUCUUUACUUUAAAUAACUCAUAUGAAUUCCUGAUACCGAGGCUUUUUUUGUUUUUGUUUACCAAGGGUUACUGCUGCUGUGCCGCCGUCUACAGCAACAAGCAACCAGUUUUUAAAGCGGCAGCAGCAGUUUUACUGGUUUCUGACGGAAACAAGCCUGGGACUUUUUUAUCAGUGUUUGAUUUAUUCUCGGACGAUGGACCACGGACGUUGUUCUGCGUGCCGUUCAGAGCUGUAGGGCAGACGGGUCCUGAAAGUGUUCAAUGGUCCUUAUUGCAUUAAAGUAGCUGGUCAUUUUAAAGGUAUUCCGGUAUAUAUUUAUAUUGAUGAAGCUGCCUCCCUCUGUGCAAUAUGUACAUACUGAAAGAGGAAUAAAGACACACGUUUGAUA